AUGGCAAUGGGAGUGGAGUCUCUCGUGGCAUUGACGACGUCUAAUAUAAUAGACGAAGCGAAGCAGGGAGCUAGGUCGUCAACCGAAAGCGAGAUGGCGUCUAGUAACUCCUGCACAUUCCCAACGUCCCCUUUACGUAGGACCUGUAGCGUGGAUUGUCUAGCUACUAAACAGCCGCAAUCGCCCGCAUUCGAACGAACAAUAAGCUACCAAGGUACCCGUGUGCCCGCCCACCAAGGUUCCCAGAAAGCGCAGGAAAGAGAAAAAUAG